CCGACAACGACAUAAGUGCCAACUCGACACUCUGCCCUCGACAGGACCCGGUCCAAACGGCCCCAACAUGACAGACACGAUGGCUGAGCUUAAUGAGCUCUUCGUGGCCACCUUCCCUAAUGGCGUGCCCAAAGAUAUCCUGACUGAGCUUCAGUCCAUCCUGCGGAUCCAUUUGAUCACACCGGAGGAGCUUUUUUACAAAUGGGAGUCCUACAGCAUGAAGAUGGGUGAAGAGGUGAAAUUGAGCAUGGAGACCGUCCGAGGCUUCAAGCAGGACGUCCAAGAAGCUCUCGAGCGUGAAAGUCGAGGCAAGAUUGGCCGACAGACAGAGAAGAGGACGACUCUCACGGCAACCCCGCGCGCGGCAGCGGGCACUGAUGUAUUUGGAAUGUUAGACGAGUUGACGCCCAAUACCGCGAAUGCGCGGACGAUGAAUGGAAGUGGUUCAGUGAAACGCAAAGCCGAGUUCACAUCUCCUGCCACGCCAAAGGUCGGAAGACUCGAGAAAACUGGAACACCAGCCGGUGCAAAGACACCUAGUUCUACGGCAAAUGGCCCCGCAGUAUCGUUCGCCGAGCGCCCAAAUCCUGGCCAGACGCUGGAAACCCUCAAUGCACACCUCUCACUGCCAGAGACCCCAAUGGCACCCUUCUCGGAAGCGCGUAUUCGCCCCACGGCAAACACCGACCUAAAGAAAUUCGGAUACAAGCCAAUGGGGAUGCGAUUGUCUGAAGCCUCGGAAAUCCUCGACGAUCGAAUUGACGAGUUUGCCGCUAUUUUCCAGAAACACUACAAUUCCGACGACCUUACCUUCGGCAGCGCCGCGACUCAAAGUACUAGUGAGAUUAUCGCUGUUGGCCGGAUUGCUUCGGACUCUCUCGAAGGGAAGCUCAAUCCGGCCUCUUUGGUGCUUGAGACAUCCCGACGCACUGGUGCUGGAAGACGUGUUCCUCUGAAGGUGGACUCUGUCCCUUCGUUGAGCUUUUUCCCUGGUCAGAUCGUUGCCCUUCGAGGAAUCAAUCCCUCGGGCGACUAUUUUACAGUCAAGGAAAUACUUCCUAUCCCUCUCCUGCCUCCUGCUGCAUCCUCGGCAGUGACUCUGGAUAAUAUUAAUGAACGUUUGGAGAGUGGUGGUAGCUCGCCGUUGAAUGUCAUGGUAGCGGCAGGUCCGUACACAGCCGAUGACAAUUUGGACUUCGAGCCCCUUCAGGAACUGUGCCAGAAGGCUGCAGACAGCUAUGCGGACGCUGUUGUCUUGUUGGGUCCCUUUUUGGACAUCGAGCACCCUUUGCUCGCUUCGGGCGACUUUGAUCUGCCAGAUAUCAAGGGACUUGACCCAGACACAGCAACGAUGACCACUGUCUUCCGUCACUGUAUCUCGGCCCCUCUAGCACGUCUUGCACAGGCUGUUCCAAGUAUCACAAUUCUGUUCGUUCCAUCCGUGCGCGAUAUCAUGAGUCGUCAUGUCUCAUGGCCGCAGGAACAGUUGCCUAAGAAGGAUAUGGGUCUGCCGAAGCAAGUCCGCAUGGUUUCUAACCCAGUGACAUUGUCCUUCAACGAAAUCGUCGUAGGCAUGUGCUCUCACGAUGUCCUCUCUGAGCUCCGUCGCGAGGAAGUCCUGCACGGCCGACCCACUGAGGGCAAUCUACUCACGCGUUUGCCUAAAUACCUCGUCGAGCAGCGCCACUUCUUCCCUCUCUUCCCUCCAACUGCUCGUGCCAACCUUCCUAAAUCUGGUCCCGAUACUGGUUUGGCGACCGGCGCAAUGUUGGACCUGCCCUACAUGAAACUCGGAGAAUGGUGGAACGUCCGCCCAGAUAUUCUGAUCGUCCCCAGUAUGCUGCCGCCUUUUGUCAAGGUCGUCGACAGCGUCCUUGUCAUCAACCCAGGCACAUUGUCCAAGCGCCGAGCCGCUGGUUCCUAUGCGCAGAUGGCUGUCCAUCCACGAAAUAUGACAGACGAGGAGCGCGAGUCCAAGCAACUCGACCACAAGCUAUAUGAGCGAUCUCGCGUGGAUAUCAACCGAAUCUAGCGAGUCAAUGGCAGCAAUUUGUAUAAUCAUCUCGCAUUCUCACAUGGCGUUGGGGGCGCAAUGCGAAUGGCAGCGGCAUAGAGUUAACCUACGGGGCUCUAAAUUGUAUCCAAGGCUGUCAAUAUUCAACGAAAUGGAUCAAUGAAACACAUAUC